AUGACUUCAUUGAAAGGUUUCCUUCCUCCAGCCGGGAGUGCUUUAUGGAGAAAGGAUCGUGGACGACUGAGGUCUGAAAGCGAAAGUGACUCGUCUCCUUCAAUCAAACAUGUCGUCAUUAGGGAAGUAUGGCAAAGAACACAUCCCUCACCUCAUGCACUGUACAAAAUCGAUGUAAUGACUAAAUCCAAUCACUGGUUCGUGUUUCGGAGGUACAGAGAAUUUGAUGAACUCCACAAAAAACUGGUAAAACUUUACGGCAUCCCUAAGGAUAUGUUACCACCGAAAAAGCUUAUAUCAAAUAUGGCAUUGUCGGUUCUUGAGAAGAGGAAAGCAGCAUUAGAACAUUACCUGCAGCGACUAGUGAACAGUAGUACCUACGUGUCGAGUUCUCCUGAAAUUGUUGAGUUCUUAGAGGUCCAAAGGCACGAUGUCAUGGCCGUGACAAAUGCCCUAGCGAAGGAUUUGUCUCAAAGGGGUGAGGAAGUGUUGGCCAAGGGAGAAAGUUUCACUUUUGUACCUACUCAGCUUUACUGUUUAACACGGCAGCUAAAGUUACCGAAGCCGACUAAUGCAGUGGACGAGGCAGAUUCUGGAGAUCUAGGAAAUCUAUAUGAUUUUAUAUAUCAGCUGAAAUCACUGUGUGUUAGUAGUAUUUUGAACAAGGCUACAAGUUCACAAGAGCUUUCUAGUCAUCUGGAAUUUGAUAUUUCCUUGUUUAGGUCUCUAAGCAGUCUGAUAAUUGAUGGCUGCCCAUUGACACUUAUAAACAAUAUGUCAAAAGUUCAAGCACAGAUUACAAAUCUGACAACCAGAUACUGUUUGACCACCUUAAAAGAGCUCCUUGUAGACUGUGCCACUGAGAAGCGUCUAGCACCCAAAAUAAAAGGUCCUGCAGAGUCAUGGAGAAGUGUUACAACAGCAAGGUUGAUGCAAAACCGAAUAGUUGUUCAACCAUGGUGUCAGCUUACGACUCUCACUGUAACACACAAUAAACUGGCAGCAUUGGAUGCCUCUCUUAAACUCUUGCCUGUCUUACAAAAUCUAGAUGUCAGCUAUAACGAAUUUGUUCAUCUGGAUGUACAACAGUUAUGUUGCCCAAGUCUUGUAUAUCUGAAUAUGUCUCACAACAACAUCCACUUCAUCACAGGAAUGCCAAGAGAACUGUCAAACCUCAAGUCACUUGAUAUCAGCUACAACAAUCUUGAGACAGUCAAUGGAUUAGACUGUCUCAUUGGACUCAUUGAAUUGAAUCUGAGUCACAAUCAAAUCCAUGUUGUGAGGGAAAUUUCUAAGUUAUGUUUGAUUUCCCAUCUGAAGUACCUGACAGUUGCUGGAAACCCUUUUACGAGAGUGAAGCCCUACAGGAUUGUUGUCCUGUCUUACUUUAAAGGUAAGAAGCUGAUCCUCGAUAAGAGACCCAUCACACAGAAGGAAACUGCCAAACUCAACUCAUACCCUAUCAAGUCACGUGCAAGUAGCAGUCCUGAAAAUCUCCAGGGUGAUAGUAACCUGAGCAAAGAUGUGCCUUAUGGGCGAUCCCACAGCUUCAAUGUGUUUUGCCUUCCUGAAAGUGAUGACGAUUCUGGUAUAGGAGGAGCCCCAAGCCUCAGGAGCAACAGUGUGAUUUUUGAUCCAGAUGAAAGUGAGUUUACUGGCAGAGACCUUCUUUUUAAUUGGGAAUACUACAGUGGGGAAGAUAGAUAUCUGAGCAGCAAAAUCCAACAGCUUUCAUGCAAGCCCUCUGAAGCAGAGCAAGUGGAAACAGGUCCUUCUAAUCAUUGCUACACUGAUCCAAAGAAGACAGAAAAUGUUAACUGGCAUGACAUUGAAGUUUUGCCAAAUGAUCAUGAUUCUGACAAACCAGCAGUGUCUCAAGUAUCAGAGAAAACCACAGUAAAGAAUUCUACUUCCUUUCCUUCCCAAGAAGCUGAUUUUUCAGAUGAGCAAUUUGAAUACAAAGAGGAACUUUUCCAAAAUUCAUUAAAAGUUCCUGAUGGGAAUGACUUUUGUUUGUUACAGGAAGAGUUAAACAACAAGUCUUUGUCAGCAGGAGAGGAAAGUUCACAGACUGAGGGAAAAACUCAACCCUCCUAG